CGGCUUAAUCAGCACAGUAAGAAGGCUUUCUAUAAAAACAAAGUUAAAAGUCUCAAGAGCACACAUGUUGGGAAGUGGUGGAAAUCGAUCAAGAACUUGUCAGGUGUUUCAUGUAGUGAGGGCUUGUGGUAUAGUCAACUUAUAGAUACAGAGAACGUAGAUGCAGUUAAUGAUCUUGCAGAAAAUAUUAAUAACUUUUUUGUGUCUCUCACUUCGGGGUUCUCCCCCUUAACAUCGGCUAAUAUCGAGUGCAUAAGUGUUGAUGAGAUACCGCGUCAUCUGUUUGUGACCGAACGGGAGGCCUUUGUCGCGCUCCGCAGAAUCAAGACCCAGAAAGCGCCGGAACCUGACGGGAUUCCCAACUCUAUUCUUAAGACCUUCGCUUUUGAAUUGGCUCCCGCUAUUGCCGACAGUUACAACUCGUCACUAAGUAAGGGGUACCUCCCUCCCCUUCUCAAGUCAGCGAUCGUUCGCCCCCUGCCUAAGACGUCACCACCUAAGAAAAUAGAAGAGGACAUCCGCCUCCUCGGUCUGACUUGUCAAGUGGCCAAGCUACUAGAAGGGUUCACGCUCACCACUAUCCUGCCUUCCAUACCAGCGUAUCUUGAUGUCAAGCAGUUUGCGGUUGCUGGGAAAAGUGCGGAACAAGCCCUUAUUUACCUACUUCGAAUUCAUUUGAUUCUCGAAGCCCUCGAUAAAGGGAACUGUGCUGUACGAUUGUUUUUCGCGUAA